UACGAACUAAAAAACACCAUCACAGUGUCCCCCUUUUCUGUGGAAAGUGCAUUUGUCUCGGAGAGGGAAAAAAAUCUUCAUGACCUCAACGUUACCAACACCAGCAUCCGGUUUAACCUGUGUAAUCUGUACCGGCUAUCAAAGGAUUUAUUCCCACUUGAGCCCGAGGUAUUGAAAGACGUGCUAACAGGGAUACAGAGAUGCUCUACAUUUUUUAAAAAGCAAUGGGAUUCUAAACCGACCACCACUAUGAGAUCACUAGCACUGCCUGCUCCUGAAAUUCCAGCCAAAGAGAAUGAAGAAAGUAAUGAGGAGAAGGAGCGACCAUCAGAGAAUGCAGAAGUGGAGGCAGCGGAGGAUCAUAUAUUUGAACACGUGCCACAGAGACUUAUCUAG